GCACGAGUGUUAUUAUACUUUGCACUUGGUCUCGAACUGAGUCGCAUUUCCUGACGCACGUCGCGCAAUAAAAACUGUUGAUCUCUGUAGCAGAAAGGUUAUGUAACGACAUUUAAAAAGCUCAGAGCUCGCAGAUAUAUUCACAAUUCACUACAAACCACUGACAAGAGCACACCGUGAUUUGCAUUCUCGCAAAAAGGGCCAAGCACUUUUUCAUAUUUCCAUUACCCUCAAUAUCUUUACAUUGAGUUUGGUUGGAAAAAGUGAAGGCCCAUCUCCCAUACUCUUCAACAUUGAAGGGCAUUGUUUAACUGAAGACGUCAACUCUAUUUGCAGGGCACUACAAACUGUAAAAGAAUGAAACCAUCACAGGCUCGUAUGCUUGCUCUGCGUUUGACUGUACCUCAGAAUGCAUCAGCCGCUCAACAGUCCUCUCAGUUUGACAAAUUAGUGUUCCCAACUGCGUUCCUGUUGGCCGGAAUCGGAGUCGGCGUAUCCUCCUUCAGCCUGAAGCAGCUGUUGGAGAAGCCUAGGCAUCGCUAAAGUCAGAGACCAUCAAUACCAGCAGGAAGAUGAGGAUAGGAGGUCCAGUUU